GACAAAACAUCAACCACUAACAUUACAUCAGUGGAAGGUCAAAACAGUGAUGAUUUCUGAGUGUUGCGGGCGGCUGUGGGCGGCUCGUGGGCGGUCACACGCCCAGUGUGGGUGGCUGGGGAUACAUGGUGGGCGAUGGGCGGGGAAUGAAGUCUAUCUGCUGAUAUUGGCUACAUUAUGUGUCUCAUUUGGCAGUGGAGUCGCCCUUAAGAAAAGAUGUGACACCGUCUCAGACUACAAGAUAUCCAUAGACAAUACAACUAAAUCAGUUUACAUCAGGAGGACCUCCAUGGACGCCAAUGCUACUCUGCGAUUCUAUGACGCUGUUAACACAACAGCUGCACUUGUAACAUUCACAGCAGCUGACAUCGGAGACUGCUGGGAACGUUUGGUCAUUUUCACCAACAUUUAUAAAAACAAUACUCGCCAGAACUUAACUGGCGUCCACAUUGGUACAAAGACGGUGAUAUUCGAGACAAACUCUGCACUUGAGUUGAAUGUGACUUUCACCAACAUGCAGUGGAUGCUGGACUGUGACCCCUACCUAGAGCCCGAGGAUGAAGAUAAAGAUUUCUGGAAGGGCUUUGGAAUAGCCAUCACCAUAAUAUUCCUCAUUCUCAUCCUGGUAAUCCUUGCUGGAGUUGCUGUGACAGUUUACUUUUAUAUAGUAAAAGAAGCCAGCCUAGUGAAUAACACCAAGAAGAGUAACUUUGUAAAGCACUGUCAAUUCUCUAUCACUUCUGACACAUCUGCGAGCACUGAACCCCAACGUCUCUACAGCACCACCUCUCGCCACUCCAUGGGCCCAAUCUCGAAGCCCACCAGCAUGCCGAACGGCCGUCCUAAUCUCACCUCCACGACCCUCUCUGUCUCCGAGGAGCAAGAGCCACUGAGGAUGCUUACUCAUCGAAUUUCAUCUAUACACCCACUGCAAGCAGACACACAGGAUCCCAUGUUAACCAAGAGCUCGGAGAUCCAUCCGGACAUGGAGGACUCUACAAGAAGUAAACUACAGCCACAGAAAGAGGAUUCUAUGAGGAAGACUCUACAAGUGCCCUCGUCACCGCCUCCUCCACCCAUACAAACACCGGAGUCCAUGUUUUCCAAGAGCUCUGGGUCGUUGGGUGACGCCGAUCACGACCUUCAUGAAAGUGAUAAUGACGAUGGUGAACAUGACUACGACUACUUGGAUAUCUCAAUGCUUAAGCAACAGCUCGAUAAGGAAAAGAUGCAGGUGGAAAUGAAAGUGGAAAAGAUGCAAGGGGAAAUGACAGCGGGAAAGAUGCAAGGGGAAAUGAAAGGGGAAAAAGAGGCCGAUCACAAAUCCUUAACUGAGAAGAUACAGGAGAAAAUGGAAGAAACGUGCAAUCUGACUCGCCAUGACUCUGAAAAUUCUUUAUACAGUGAAAUGGUGAACAAAUCGUGAAUAAAUUCAACACGAUACUGAAAAGGUAAAAAGAAAAAGGUGAAGGAAUUUAGACAGAAUGAAAACCACAAAAAAGGUUUCAGAAACAGUUCACGAAUAACGAAAAUUUAGGAGAGGAAAUUCAACACGGCGUUUCGGUCCAUUCUAGUCCAUUAUCGUCCUAUGAGAAAGGUUCAAGGCAGAAACGUCAUCUAAAGUUCUCUCUCCAAAGUCUUGUUGUGUGAAAACAGAGAAAGGAAUUAAAAUACCAUAUAGAUCAGAAUGUACCUUUGUAAAUAAAAAUUACACUAAUGUAAUUUUAGAUAAUGUUGUUAUAUAAGAUAAAUAUAAAACCUGCUAAAUACAAAUAAUGAAUGUAUAUAGACGUAGAGUUAUACCAAUUUCAAUGUAUAUACAGAUACACACGUGUGUGUAGACUGAGAUACGCACACACACACACAUUGGGGCCAGGAGCUGUGAAUCGACCCCUUCAAAUGCGAGUAGGCGAGUACACUUCAGUGUGUGUAAUGUGUAUAGAUGUCCAUAAUUAUUAUUACAUAGCGUAAAUUCAUGAUGAACGCUAAACCCGUAGAGGUCACACAGCAUCUGAGGAACGGGAGGUAUUCAGGUCCGAUCUGAGAUAGUGGAGGCUAGCGCCAAUUCCUUGGAUCAAAAGUUUAUAAAAAUACAUCACAUAGAUUACCUGGAGUAUACCUGGAGGGCAUUCCGUGGCCAGGUCCAUGACCAGGUCUUUCGGUGGAUCAGGGCCUGAUCAACCAGGCUGGUACUGCUGGCCGCAAGAAAACCGACAUACGAGCUAGAUUAUUAUUAUCAAAACUAAGCUCUAAACCCACCAGAGUUAUACAGCGCUGAGACUUACGAACCACAGCCUGGCUAGUCAGGUACUGCCUUAAGAUAUCUGUCCAGUUCCCUCUUGAAGACAGCCAGGGGUCUAUUUUCAAUCCCCCUUAUAUAUGCUGGGAGGCAGUUGAACAGUCUUGGACCCCUGACACUUAUUGUGCUUGGCUAACUGGGUUUGAAACUUAUCGACUAAACGAAGGUUAUUAACCCAGCAUGUGACAUCUGCCACGAGACUGAGAACUACACUUUAAUGCCUAAAAUAGUGAUUAAAGUAUACUCACUGAGAUAUAUACACCUCCUGGUGUGUAUACUACACUUCUUGGUGUAUAUAUACUUCUUGGUGUAUAUAUACUUCUUGGUGUUUAUACACUUCUUGGUGUUAUCAUCAAAACUAACUUUGUUGGGUUAGUCUAGCUUAAAUUAUUAUUAGUAUAAUCAUAACUAAGCAAUUCUAGGUUAAAUUAUUUUUUAUCACAGAGAGCACUAAACCCAUAGGGAUUAUACGGCACCUGUAUUCUGCUCAAGUUAUACUAAUAUCUACCAUAAUCAUGCAUGUAUUUAUUGUAGUCAUUGUAUGAAUGCAUGUUAGGUUAGGUUAGGUUAAGUAAGGUUAGGUUAGGUUACGUUCAUCGGGAAAUAGGACAUGAUGAUGACGACGACCCGCCACUGGAGCUUUUGAUCAUCUGACUGAGGCCUCCCGCUGGCUUACCAGUCCACCCCUUUAAAAAUUAUGGCCAUAGUUAUAACCAUUUAUGAUGUGUACAUAAAAUAUUAUGUUUUUUUUUUUUUUUUUUUUUUCAACAAGUCGGCCGUCUCCCACCGAGGCAGGGUGACCCAAAAAAGAAAGAAAAUCCCCAAAAAGAAAAUACUUUCAUCAUCAUUCAACACUUUCACCACACUCGCACAUUAUCACUGUUUUUGCAGAGGUGCUCAGAAUACAACAGUCUAGAAGCAUAAACAUAUAAAGAUACACAACAUAUCCCUCCAAACUGCCAAUAUCCCAAACCCCUCCUUUAAAGUGCAGGCAUUGUACUUCCCAUUUCCAGGACUCAAGUCCGACUAUAUGAAAAUAACCGGUUUCCCUGAAUCCCUUCACUAAAUAUUACCCUGCUCACACUCCAACAGAUCGUCAGGUCCCAAGUACCAUUCGUCUCCAUUCACUCCUAUCUAACACGCUCACGCACGCUUGCUGGAAGUCCAAGCCCCUUACCCACAAAACCUCCUUUACCCCCUCUCUCCAACCCUUUCGAGGACGACCCCUACCCCGCCUUCCUUCCCCUAUAGAUUUAUAUGCUUUCCAUGUCAUUCUACUGUGAUCCAUUCUCUCUAAAUGUAGCAACCCUAAAUAAUGAUUAUUAUUAUUGUUAAACUUUGUUUAUAUGGAAAAACAACUACAGGGAGGAGUUGAAUGUUAGUUCUAGGCCUUUCAUGUUGCAAUCAACAUAUCAUCAGGAGCUUGCAGUGUUGCAGAAGUACAGUAGGAAAUCCAGGAUUAUUAUAACCAAAACCAAGCACUAAACCCACCAGGGUCAUACAGCACUAUGGAAAUUCAGGAAGGUCCGUUCAUGUGAAUGGUUCUUCCAAGGAUUCUUGGGAGAGCCAUUCACAUGAACAAACCUUCCUGGAUUUCCUACUCUAUUUCUGUAAAGUAAAAGGACACAAGUGCAACUAAUGCGACAUUUUAUUGUGGCAACGUUUCGCUCUCCAGGAGCUGUCAAGCGAAACGUUGCCACAAUAAAAUGUCACAUUAGUUGCACUUGUGUCCUUUUACUUUACAUAUUGUCGGUAAUCUACCAACAUGUAUACUCUAUUUCUGCAACAUAGCAAGUUCCUGAUUUGUUGGUUGUAACACGAAAGGCCUAGAACUAACAUUCAACUUCCCCUGUGGUUACUUUUCAUAUUUUAUCACUGGUUCAUGAUUAUUCCACAUAUACACAUGUACAUAUAUUUUUUUUAACAUGUCGGUUGUCUCCCACCAAGGCAGGGUGACCCAAAAAGAAAAGACAUCCCCAAAAAAGAAAAUACUUUCAUCAUUCACCACUUUCACCUCACUCAUACAUAAUCACUGUCUUUGCAGAGGCACUCAGAUAUGACAGUUUAAAAGUCAACCUCCAAACUGCUAAUAUCUCAAACCCCUCCUUAAAGUGGAGGUAUUGUACUUCCCAUUUCCAGGACUCAAGCCUGGCUUACUGGUUUCCCUGAAUCCCUUCACAAAAUAUUACCCUGCUCACAUUCCAAUAGCUUGUCAGGUCCCAAAAACCAUUCGUCUCCAUUCACUCCUAUCUAAUACGCUCACACAUACUUGCUGGAAGUCCAAGCCCCUUGCCCACAAAACCUCCUUUACCCCCUCCCUCCAAUCUUUUCGAGGACAACCCGUACCCAGUCUUCCUUCCCCCUACAGAUUUAUAUGAUCUACAGAACAUUCUACUUUGUUUCUUUCUCUCUAAAUGACCAAACCAUCUCAACAACCCCUCUUCAGCCCUCUGACUAAUACUUUUAGUAACUCCACACCCCCUCCUAAUUUCCACACUAUGAAUUCUCUGCAUAAUAUUUACACCACACACUGAGUUGAAAGAAGAAAGAUUGCUGAAAUAUAUACAUUAUCAUAAUCAUAACUUAAGUGGUAAAUGAAAUAUAUACAGCCCUCC